ACUAUUAUAUGUAAAAUAUUUAAGCAAAACAAUGCAAUUACUUCAAAUCCUAAUUUCUGCUUUAUUCUCAGAGGUGAAUAAGUAGACUUCUUACUCAUUGUUUUCUAAAUCUAACACAACAGAAAUACUAAAUGGUAUCAAUGUCCAGAAGAUCUGAGUUAGCUAUAUUACCUGUAAUAAAAUGUUAAAUUCUUAGCAAAAUAUGUUUGAAUGAUAGCACCUUAGAUCUUUUACAUUUGUGAUUCUUAGUUGAAACACUACCAAAAACUUAUGUUUACCCAAAUUUUCCUCCUUGCUUGUUCUCUCCUAUGCCUCAUCCUCAAUACAUGUACAUUAACUUUUUUGGAGGAAAAUCUUUCCAAUUGCCCAAUGUGUCACCAUUCCGAUGAUGGCACUGGGAGAAAGACUUUAUUCAAUGAUAGGAGAUUAUUUGUAGUUUAAUCAUUGCUAGUUCUUUUAUCUUUCCUGGAAUUACUUAUCUCAGUGUGUACCAAGCAGCUUUGUUUUUAAAGCCAAGUCCAGAAAUUUCAAAAUCGUGGACACAGUGUAGAACUGUCUCUUUGCUCUGUUGAAAUGAAAUUUAGCAAUUUAUACACAAACGUGCUGAACUAAAUCAAUUAAAACAUAGAUGCAGCUGAGGUUCUUGAAAAUUAUAUUUGCAGAUAAACUCAAAGUUUCUAAAAUUUUAUUGUUGGAUAAAAUUACAAACAUAAAUUGCAUUCCAAUUUUUGAUUUUUAUUUACUUAUUAUAGGAAAACACAAUAAGGGACAGGCAUUUGGGUCAGCAACUAAAUCACUGCUUGGGACAUCUGCAUUUCACAUCAGAGUGCCUGGUCUGAGGCACAGCUAUUUUGCUUCCCAUCUGGCUUCUUGUGGAUGUAGACUUUGGGAGGCAGCAAUGAUGGCUCAAGCGCUUGGUUCCCUGCUAAUCAACAUGGAAGGCUCCAUCUUAGUCCCAGGCUCCUGGCUUCAGCUUGGCCUAGGCCUUGCUGUUUCAGGCAUUUGGAGAGUAGACCAAUGCACAGAUUAUCUCUCCCUUUCUGUCUCUGCCUUUCAAAUAAAAUGAAAAAGAAAAAAAGUAGAAUGAAAGCACCAAUUAUCAUUGUCUUAAGGCCAAACAUCUAAAGCUAUUAAAAUACUUCACUUUGUAAGUUCCACAUGCUGUAGGAUUAUUUGAAAUUAUGUUCCAUUGUGCACAUUGUUUAUUUACAAACAGUACAUUUCAGAAUCCUCCUUCUAUAGAGAUGGAUGUCUGACAUAGCAGUUAAGAUGUCAUUUCAGAUGGAGUCCUUGGGUUCACAGCUUAGCUCUGCUCCUGAUUCCAGUUUCCUGCCAAUGUGCAUCUUGGGAAGACUAGGUGAUGGCUCAAGUUGCGGGAUUCCUGACACCUGUCAGGGAAACCAGGAUUGGGUUCCCAGCUCCUGGUUUUGGCCUGGCCCAGUCCUUGCUGUUGCAGAUAUUUGGAGAGUGAACAAACAGGUGGGAGAUCUGCCUCUAUCUCUCUGCAUUCCAAAUAAAUGAAGUAAAAGAAAUAACUAGUAUACAUAGACAGUAGUAACAUGAUACAUGUUUAGAUUGGUCCGGAUAUACAUGUUAUUAAAUACUUUACCUGUAUGACUACAAUUCAAAAUAACAUGAACUUUCUUUACCAUAUGUCUAACCACACACUCCAGAGAAACAGUGAUUGCAAAAACUCAAUGGUUUGGAACGAGAUUAUGGUUUACACAUAGAAAUACUUGCGCAAUAAGAAAUAAACACCUCAAUUAACACACUACAGCACUACCCAAUCACAGUAAAGCAGAAAGCUGGCCCAAUGACCCCAAGUCUGUGGACUUUCUGGUCAGUGACACAGUUGAGCUCAGAGUCUGCAUUUGUUCUGCUGCGUUUGCUUGAAUUUUCCGAACUGCCUCGGUUCCUGAUGCCACUCUGCUAUUGUGUGGAUCAAAUAAUCCCUGGUCACAAAAAUACCCCAGGGAGUGACUCCCCUGGCGUCCAGGUUAUGAGUGUGGUCAGUCAUUCCACAUGCCUUUGGGAUGAGCUAUCUUUGCCAUGAUGAGAGAUUUCCUUUUCAACUUUUGUAAUCCCCAGAUACAAAAUACUAUCAAUAAAAAUCAGAGUAAUUCGGGAAAAGUAUAUUGAAAUAUUUUUCAGGGCAGCACUAAAAUUUUCCUCAUUAUCUUCUAAUAAACUAUUGCUGACUUAAAAGAAAUUUUACAGGGUAUUCCUAGAAAUUAAUAUCGUCUUCACUGCCUUUUCCGAUGUGAACCACCAUCAGACAUUUAAAAAUAGACUCUUCCAUGAAUACAUUGUAUCUGCAGUUUUCUUCCUCUUUGUGUAGUUCACUGGAUUCUGAAACCAUUUAGCAGGGGGAGAAAAAUUAACAAGCUAUUCUGUAAACCUUUCCUUCUUUCUUUUCUUCCAACCCUUCAUCAUAUCUUUGAGAGUGAGAUCAUAAAUUUUGAGCCUUCGCUUCUUUAUGUGGGGACUUCCAAGUCUUGAGGGUCCUCUCUGCUUUUUGUAGGGGAGUACAGGGUAUGGCCAAGUCAGUCCCAGCCUCCGAUUCUGCCUGAGCCUGGAAUCCAAGCACCUCUGGCUUCGCUGCGCUCCGGAGAUCCAGACCCGGGCGUCCUGCCCACCCAGGGGACCCGCUAGGUUGUCAAAGGCCGUCCUAGGCAGGUCCAGGGACAGGGCAAGCUCCUUAAGGAUAACGGGGCUAGAAAGCCUGCACUCCCAGCCUCUUUCUUUCCAUUCUUUGUUCCUAGGGUUUUCCAAGCAGCCUGCAAACACGGAGAAACAAACGUGUGCCUUCCAGCCUCCGUAACCGGAUAGCUGCCUCGGAACCAACUGGCAGAAACGUCCGAAGAGCGCGGCCAGCUCUCCAGCCUAAGAGGAAAGCGGCUUCCCGGGAGGCUGCAGGAAUCACCGGGAUACACUGCUCCAGUGCCCCAUGCCGCCCCCCUCCGCACUCCCGCAAUGCACCAGCAGGGAGCGAGGACCAGGCGAAAGCCGACCGCACUUCUGCACGUCGGCCGGUUAGAAAACAUUGAAGUUUUCGGAGUCGCGACUGGGAGACCGGAGGGCCCGGAGCCAGGUUUCCAGGGAGAGGGCGGGCAAGGGGUGCGGGCCCCUGGGGCCACCUCCAUCCCGCUCACCCCGACAGCUGUCUCGCUCUUGGAAUUCGUUGGCUUCCCCAUACCACCACAGUCCAAUUUAGCCCCCUGCCCCACCCUCGCUGACCUAAUAAGGCCAUGCAGAGUGCGGGGGACCCAUAUAAAAGGCGCGAGCUCUAGGCGACUCUGCACGACACUGGGGAAGAGCAGUCAUGAGUAGUCCGGUGACAGGAAAAGCCACGUCCAAGGAGUGGGGCUACGCCGACCACAACGGUCCUGAUCACUGGCAUGAACUUUUCCCCAAUGCGAAAGGAGACAACCAGUCGCCCAUUGAGCUACAUACUAAGGACAUUAGGCACGACCCCUCCCUGCUGCCAUGGUCAGCGUCCUAUGACCCUGGAUCUGCCAAGACCAUCCUGAACAAUGGGAAAACCUGCAGAGUUGUGUUUGAUGAUACUUACGACAGAUCUAUGCUGAGAGGUGGUCCUCUUUCUGGACCCUACCGACUUCGCCAGUUUCAUCUUCACUGGGGCUCCUCAGAUGAUCAUGGCUCUGAGCACACUGUGGAUGGAGUCAAGUAUGCAGCGGAGCUUCAUCUGGUUCACUGGAAUCCAAAGUAUAACACGUAUGGAGAAGCUCUGAAGCAACCUGAUGGAAUCGCUGUGGUUGGCGUUUUUCUGAAGAUAGGACGUGAGAAGGGGGACUUCCAGAUUUUCCUUGAUGCAUUGGACAAAAUUAAGACAAAGGGCAAGGAGGCGCCCUUCUCGCACUUCGACCCGUCCUGCCUGUUCCCUGCCUGCCGGGACUACUGGACCUACCGCGGCUCCUUCACCACGCCGCCCUGUGAGGAGUGCAUUGUGUGGCUGCUGCUGAAAGAGCCCAUCACCGUGAGCUCCGACCAGAUUGCCAAGCUGCGGAGCCUCUUCUCCAGUGCUGAGAACGAGCCCCCAGUGCCCAUGGUGAGGAACUGGCGUCCUCCACAGCCCAUCAAAGGCAGGGUGGUGAGAGCCUCCUUCAAAUGAGGCCUCGGGAUCUUGCCCUCUUCAGGAAAGGAAACCUACUGUUGGCGAGCAUGGCUCCUUGUCUCCUGGUGCUCCUUCCUCCAAGCAUAUUGGAUGUCUCUCCACUGAGCAAGCAGUGUGGGAGAUUUCAAGAUACCAAAGUUGCUUUUGAUAAACUCUGAUGUGAAUGCACAAGUUUCACACUUGACCUUUGUAAUAUCACCUUUCCUAUAAAAAUACUAUUUCUAGUAAGGUUUUAGAGAAGAAGAAACAUGGAAGAAUAAAAAUAAGAAAAAAAGGCUAUUGGACACCAUUUUUUGGUUAUCUUAAUUUUCACAGAUCUUCAGUUUUCCUAUGUUCAUAUUAAAAGUUAUAAAUCUUGAAGCAACGAUGAUUAAUUCUAUAUAUGGGAGUAGAUAAGUAUGAAGAUUAUAUAACAAUUAAACAUAAGCCAGAAGUUAAAAUGGCUAUGAACACUAAACAUUGA